GCCAGCAGCCGAGGAGGCCCCGCGGGGACAGACACGCACUCACGCGCUUCCUUGCCUGCUGCCCAACUUUUGCCUGCACCAGCUGCAGCCCUUCCCACAGACGCGGAGGGAAUUCGCCUCACAGAAAAGUCGUGCAGCUUUUCUGAGCAAAGGCCCCUGCCAUAUGCUGGAAAGUCUAUCCAGCCGUUCAGCAAAGACAUGUAUGGGUUCAUUGGCUCCACACCAAGCCAGAGUAAGUCUCCACUAGGAGGCGGCAGCACUGAGGACCAGACGCUGCCUCCAGAAGACGUGGGGAAAGGGAAAGCCGAACAGACGCACCUGCUGUCCCGGGACAAGAAGAAAAAGGUCAAAUAUUCAGUAGAGAACCACACAGGUUUAAGGAAGGAGCCCAUUCAGGAUGCCAAGGGCUUCCCUUCCGAGAGCCGCCAGGAGAGCAUUCUCCCUGCCAUUAACUUCAGUCAAACAAACCGAAUGCACACGGAUAGGCUGCAACUGCAAGCAGCCAACAGCAUCUCUGCCUACUUCCGGCCCCCUGCCUAUUCCCAUCGCCAGGGUAGAUUGCUGGCAGAAGCUCACCCUUUCAAGAACGCAGGGUCAAGCCCCGGGCAACGUUCUGGAAGUUUGGAUCGCCUCCAUCGGCCUGGCAAGAUCAAUCCCUAUGACAAGCCCAGCCGUUUGCUCGGAAAUGCCACCGAUCCCUCCUGGCUCACAAACCGACAGGCGUCAAGCUUGCCGUAUCACCACAGUGUCUCAAAGAACGAUGCUGACAAUACAGAGGUGUGCCUGACAGACUGCAGGAGGGAACAUGAAGAGGUGGAGGCGUUCUGCAGCAGCGAAUUCGUGGUGAAUGGGAUUGUUCAUGAUGUCAUCAUGGUUCAUAAAGGAACGAGUUUGGUGACACUCUUGGUGAGCAGCAAUGGACUGUACAAGAUAAAUCGCCUGUACUUCACCCCUGAUGGCUUCUUCUUACGAGUUCAUAUGAUGGUUGUGGAUACCUUGAACUGCAGUAAACCCUGUCCGGACUUUAAACUUGGAAGCAGAUACAUAAUGAUGGGUCAGAUCUACCACAGGAGAAGACAGCUGCCGGCAGUUCUGCAAGAGCAUGUCAGAGGGCACCUGAGGCCAGGAGACGGGCUGCUUUGGAGGGGCAACAGCUACAUGAAAAGGUUCAACAGAAGGCGGCAUCAGAAAGUUCAACAGGCAGCUCACACCAAAUGUGGGUGAGGAUGUACAGUUCCUCUGGGACUGAAGCAGGUUUGCAGCUGUUAAUUAGAAGCAGCCAUGGCUUUUCCAGCUUCUCUGGAAAAAGGCUCCAGGUCCUGCCAAAAUGGCGGGAGGUUUUUUGUUUCUUUUGCUGUGCAUCCUAAUGACUAACCAGGUUAUUGAGACAUGAGCUUUCAUUGGCUUCAGUAAUCUACCAGCCAACACAAAAUCCACAACAAACCUGUUUGCAUCUCAAGAUUGAGCUGCGAUUCUGGAAUUUACUACUGUUCAUGGUCAACGCAUGCUUUGAAUUUCUUACUCCCUUUCCUGUUUAUAACGUACUUUCACAGCGGUAUUUCUACCUGUCUCUAACCAUAGUCCUUCAGUGGAUUACAUAUUUCAUCAAAACUGAUUAUUUUCAUCUCCUGGGCAAGUUUCUACAGGUGCAAAUCAACAUGACAAGAACAGUUCUAAGCU